AUGGAAGGCCCAAACCGUAAGCCUGGCCAACAAGAAGGCAGGCGUAAUGUUCCUUUUGAUCGCCGAGGUGGUCGUGGUAGCCACUUAAAUUCCCAGGAUCGACGAAAGCCAAAACCGCAGCAAUUUAAGGGGACAAAUAAACCAAAACCCAAGAAAAGACUGAAUAACCGUGGACACCCACAAAGCCACGAUAAUGCUGGGAUCCGUAACCAUAAAGCCAGUGAUAACAAAUUCGGACUAGACGGCAAUGCCGACCUCGAUCCCACUAACUAUCCAAAUGAACAUCAGUGUUCCCAAGACAAUGCUGACAUCCAAAAAUUACAACAACACGAACCCCAUAUCCGUCACGGCCAAUCUGAAGCUGAACAUACCUCUCGCAAGAGAAGCAGACAAGAUGAAUCCCCUGAAAGACCUGAAGAACCCAGACGCCAGGAAGAUGACAUUACCCCAAAACUGAAGCGACGGCAGCCUCAUGUCGCUGAGGCCUACAGUCGUCGAUGGUGA